GCAGUUGUAUUUUAACUAACUAAACAACAUGAAGUUUCUGAUCAUUCUUGCUUUGGCUGUGGCCGCGUCUGCUUUCCCCGAAAGCGAGCUGGUCCAUCGCCACCGUGUGAUGCCAGUUCUAGACAACAUUGAAGGCCGUAUAACCAAUGGCCAGCAGGCUAGCGUUGGCCAAUUCCCAUACCAGGUGGGUCUAUCCCUCAAAAUUUCUCCUAUUUCCUCCUCCUGGUGUGGUGGCUCUCUGAUUGGUAACACCUGGGUACUGACCGCUGCUCACUGUACCGAAGGCAUUCAGUCUGUGACCGUCUAUCUGGGCGCUACUGUCCGCACCUCACCCGAGGUUAGCCAGACCGUUUCCAAGUCCAACGUCAUCAUUCACUCCGGCUGGAACACCAAUACUCUGAAGAACGAUAUCUCCCUGAUCAAGAUCCCCGCUGUUGCCUUCUCCAGCAGAAUUCAAGUCGUCAAGCUACCCGCCAUUGCCAGCUCGUACUCCACCUAUGAGGGUUCCACUGUUAUCGCUUCUGGCUGGGGCCUAACCAGCGACUCUUCCAACUCUGUUGCCACCAACCUACAGUAUGUAGCAGCCACCGUUAUUUCCAACGCUAAGUGCGCCGCCACCUACGGCACCAACAUUGUCACCUCAUCCAACAUCUGUAUCGCCACAACUGGCGGCAAGUCCACCUGCAGCGGUGACUCUGGCGGCCCAUUGGUGCUCGAGGCUAGCAAGGUCCUGGUUGGUGUGACCUCCUUUGGUGCUGCUGCUGGCUGCCAGCUGGGCUACCCAGCUGCCUUCACCCGUGUGACCGCUUUCCUCUCCUGGAUCAACGCUAAUACAAACAUCUCCUACUAAAUGUCAGAAACUUCAAACACAUAAUAAAAACAAAGCAUUUAA